AUGGCGCCCUCAGAACCCUCCAUACUUGCUAAUUUUCUGUUGGCUGCGGCGUCUCUACCAACAAUCAUCUCAUUGAAACAGUUUACCGAGCUGUUUCCCAAACGUCUGAGGACUCACCCUCAUAUCAGAGUCCUUUAUCGCGAGCUACAACAGCUUCGGGAGCAAGACAUGGACAUAGUCAAUGAGAAUAUCGACAGAGAAGUCCGCCAAGGCGAAAGUCAAAAAGCUGAACUGCGGAAAUCUGUCGCGAAAACAGGUAUUGACGGCGCUGGCCCGAAUGACCGACGAGAGAUGGAUAUGGAUGUUCAGCUGUUUAGUCCGACGUCUGCUUCCUCUGAUCAAGUCCAUUCUGUGUCGAGUCUCUUGUCGGCCAUGGAGACCGCCUGUGAUAGUGUCGAGCACGAAAUAGCUGCCGUGGACGAGGAGGCAGCAGCUUUGUUAUCAGAGCUCAACUCCACUGUUGGCGACCUGAGUGACUUAAGGUACGGCAAGAUGCAUGGCUCUGUUGGAGCGACAGACGACGAGGUUGUCAGUGAGGCUAUAAGGGGCCUGGUCAACCUCGAAAAUGCCUGCUACCGCGAGAGUGCUACCUGA